AUGGGAGAGAAUGGCUCACACAGGGGCUCCUGGUUUGUCCCCUCGUCCAUCCAGCCGCCGUUCCUCUCCCAGCUGUCUCCCUCUGCAGACCUGGCCGUCGCUGUUUUCCUUACCUUCACAGGUGUCACGUCAGUGCUGGGGAAUGGUGCGGUGCUGUUAGUCUACUGUAGGAAAAAAAAGAAGCUCAGACCACCAGAGCUCUUGACCAUUAACCUCGCUCUCUGCGAUUUUGGCUUCAGCCUAUUCGGUGCACCAUUUUUCAUUAUUUCCAGCCUGUGUCAUGCCUGGGUGUUUGGGGAGACGGGCUGCCUUUGGUACGGCAUUCAGGGCUUUGUGUUUGGCAUCGGCUCUCUGCUCACCACCUGUCUCAUCUCUCUGGACCGUUGCCUGAAGAUCUGCUGCUUAAGAUACGGUCAAUGGAUCGAGAGGCGCCAUGUGUCUCUGUCCAUAGCUGUGGUUUGGGUUUACACAUUAUUCUGGGCUUCACUGCCGGCUUUUGGCUUUGGGAGCUAUGGACCAGAACCUUAUGGGACCAGCUGCACCAUUAACUGGUGGAGAAUGAGGUUGUCUCUGAAUGACAGAAUCUAUAUCUUCCUCAUCCUGACAUUAUGCUUUGGAUUUCCCACACUCACCAUCAUCACUUCAUACUUGGCCAUCCUGCUGACGGUCUACAGAUCAAAUCGCACCUUAGCAUCUAUACCAUCCUCUUCUGUCAAUCACACCAACAAAGACCUGAGACUAGCAAAGAUUGCUGCAGUGGUGUGUACCGCCUUCUUCCUAGCCUGGAUGCCCUACGCCACUGUGUCCAUGAUUUCUGCCCUCAUCCCUAGAGAUGACCAAGAGGCAGAUGUCACUUUACAGAGUGUGGUAGAGGAGUCAAGUGGCAUGGCCUCAAACUCUCCAAAGAUCCUCACUCCCUCACUGCUCAACUGGACAGCCACAGAAUAUUAUAGACCAAUAUACUACAACUCUGAGGAGGAGUGGGGUCACGUGGCCGACGAAAAAGAAGCUGAGUCAAUAACCAGGAGUCCCGAGCUGUUCUCCUGUCUGCCACCUGUAGUCACUUUGAUCCCUGCUAUGUUUGCCAAGUCCCACUGCAUGAUCAAUCCUUUCAUUUACCAGAUCGUGAACAGGGAGUUCAGGGACGACGUCUAUGUGAUGGUGUUUGGUCGAGAGAAAGCAGAGAUGAGGCGAGCGCAAGGGAGGAAGAAUAGUUUAUGUGAAAGGAGCAUCGGCCUCUCCUAUUGCCAGAGCUGGAGGAGGAAGAAGAGUGACCCCAUGUCCUCGUCUGUAGAAAGGAGAAACAGCAGACUGAAGAAACAGAGGAACCAGGGGAGCAAUCGGGGAGGAAGAACAGGAUGCGCUGAACUUUGCCUCCUUGGACACACACAGCAACGGAGACAUUGGAGCGUUAGUGGAUGGCAGAAGACAGGAAGAGAUCUAAGAGGGUCCACAUCCAGCACUCACACUGUCUGA